GUACUUCGAGCUAAGGUUGCAGCUGGCGACAGGGGCCCUGCGCAGGGAGUAUGCCGUCCUCUGCCACGGUUUCAUUCCUGGCCGCACGGAGAUCAAUGCUCCAGUGGUUUGGUCGUCCUCGAGCGUCUCUCGGGACGAGCUCACGAAGGUAACACCAAGGGGUUGGCCGGCAAAAACCCAGCUGCUUCCAUGUGCGAGCGCAGAGGCUGAGGGCUCUGCCAUGACGUUGCUGGACGUCCGGAUUCAGACGGGCCGCCGGCAUCAGAUCCGAACGCACCUGGCGCAUAUCGGCGCAGCCUCCGUGGCAGAUGGGAAGUACUCGGCCGACAGCACCUACCAGAACGACCUACGAUGGUGUCCCCGCAACUUCUUGCAUCGCUACCGGCUGUGUUUCAACCUGCCCUGCCAGAUCAAGAAUGCUUCUCCGCUGUCGCUCAGCGAGCCUUUGCCGUUGGACCUCCGGCAAGCUCUGGCCGAAGUGCGGGUCUUGAAGCUCUUCGGCCAAGCACGUGACUGGAUCCAGCUGCUGAAUGUCUCCCACGUGUGGUAG